UUCGACCGAAUAGUCGGAUCGAGUGUUGUGCGCUGACCGCGGCCAGUAGUAGUAAGUUGGUCGGUCGGUCGGUCGGUCAGUGCGGCAAAAAUUUGAGCAGGUUGUCCGUCUGCUGACACACGGGUUCAGAGUUCAGAGAAAAGAAAAAGUUUCCAUCGACCGCCAGACCAUCGCAGAUCACACUGUCUACUACCUACUAUAACCCCUCGUAUUCCGCUGCGAAUACAGUUAACGCCGUCGCUGAUUAUUCCACAUUGUUUGGUACGUGACACAAUAAGCGAAUUCAACUGCACACUUACGUAGUUUCAUCCGGUAAGACUUCGCGUGAAAAUCAGAGCAGACGACCGAUUCAUCGUAAUUUGUGCAGACCCCGUUGCGAAAUUCACCCUAAAUUCUGCGAUCGGCGAAAAACAUCUUAUCUCAAACAAUUUAUUGUUAGACCACGAAUGAGAUUUACGUGGCUGGCCAAAUUACGAUUUAUUAUACUAUAAUACACACAUCUGAAUAUCUAACGUGACGGAUUUCCAUCAUUAACGCUUCGUAUUCGGAAGCUGUUGCGUCUUGUGUUCGGAGGCAACGACUCGUUUUUAUUCAGUGGUGGCGACGGUGUUAUUCUAUUGAUAUGGGAGCACCGACGACGCUUACCGUUAUUGGAAUCAUAUUUUUGUUGUUUGGCGUUUUCGUCGGAUGGUUUGCAUUCCCGAAGAUGAUACACAAAAAAAUAUUGGAGAGUAAAGCAUUAAAUCCGAGAUCAAAUAUGCGUCAGAUGUGGUCGCAUCCUCCAAUAUAUGCAGAUUUUAAAAUUUAUUUGUUCAACGUAACUAAUCCUGAAGAAGCACAGAAGGGUGAAAAAGUCAUAAUUAAAGAAGUCGGGCCUUAUGUUUAUCAAGAAUGGAAAGAAAAAGAAAAUUUAAUCGACGAUAUUGAUGCAGACACUGUCGAGUUUAGUUUCAAAAACACUUUUGUGCUUGACGAAAUGUCGACGCUACCAUUAACAGGAGAUGAAAUUAUAGUUAUGCCUCAUUUGGCUAUGAUAGGAAUGGUAACUAUGACAAAGAUCAUGAAACCGGCCGCACUGGGUUUGGUAAAUAAAGCAAUUCCUUACUUGUAUCCAGAUCAAACCAGUGCAUUUAUGAUGGGAACCGCUAAUGACAUCAUGUGGAAUGGACUGGAUAUAAAUUGUACGUCCGGAGAGUUUGCAGCCGUUGCUAUUUGUACACAGAUAAGACAAAAUUCGGCGAGCUUACACAAAAUCAGCAAGGAUCAUUUCAAAUUUUCAUUAUUCGGAGUGAAAAACGGAACCAUCGAGAGCAACCGUUACACAGUAAAACGCGGCUACACUACGCCAGCGACGGAAGUUGGCCAAGUGAUCCGGUUCAAUGACAAACACAAACAGGAAGUGUGGCCCGGCGAAGAGUGCAACAAGAUAUACGGGACGGACACCACGAUAUUUCAGCCGUUCAUCACGAAGGACACCAACCUGGCCAGCUUCAGCGGUGACGUUUGCCGAUCAUUGGCUCCAGACUAUGUACAAGAAACAAAAUAUAAUGGAUUAAAUGUAUUUGAGUAUUCGGCCAUAUUAGUAAAACCGGAAGAAAAAUGUUUUUGUUUGAAUCAAAAAAAAUGUUUAAAACCUGGAGCAUUGGAUUUGACAAACUGUUCGGGUGCUCCUAUAAUUGCAACACUUCCUCAUUUUUAUAAAUCCGAAGAAUAUCUGAACAAUGUUGAUGGACUCCACCCCGACGCUGAAAAACAUAGGAUUCAAAUGUACUUCGAACCAAUGACUGGUUCUCCAUUAUUGGGUUACAAACGUUUGCAGUUCAAUAUUUUUUUGAAAAAAGAAUCAAAAAUAAGCGUUAUGAAAACACUUAACGAAGAUGAGAAACUAAUACCACUGUUUUGGGUUGAAGAGGGAAUCGCUUUGAACAAGACGUGGACUAAUCAAAUAAAGAAUAAACUAUUUUUGCCAAUUACUAUCAUGAAAUAUGUUAAAUACAUAUUUGUGGCUUUUGGUAUUGUGUUCAUCAUAUUGGCGGUGAUCGUCAACUACAAUAGUGUUAAGACGAUGGAAGUUACACCAAAAUAUUAGAACUCAAUGAUUGCAAAAAAAAAAAUUGGACCUCAUAGAAGUAAAGAUGUUUUUGUUGUUUUUUAAUAUCAU